AACUUAACUGUCAAAAUAGCUUACGUGAGUAAAGACACAGUGACUGAGUACGUGGCAAAAACAAACUGGAAGUCGGUGAAGAGUGCUGCAUUUUCUUUAUAUCUGCUUUUUACUGUGUAUUUGAACAAAAAUAGCAAUAUCUACACCAGAAUGGGAGGCAAAGAUGUUAAACUUGGUACAAUGAAGGCACUUAUUCUUGUUGGAGGUUAUGGAACUCGCCUACGUCCACUCACUCUUAGCAGGCCUAAGCCUCUGGUUGAGUUUGCUAAUAAACCAAUGCUGAUGCAUCAGAUUGAGGCUUUGCUCGAAGCAGGGGUCACUCAGGUUGUUUUGGCCGUCUCGUACAGAGCUGAGCAAAUGGAGAGUGAAUUAAGGGCUGAAACAGACAAAUUGGGAAUCACGCUCACGUUUUCUCACGAGACUGAGCCGCUAGGAACCGCCGGACCUUUAGCUCUUGCCAAGGAUAUUCUUGCCUCCGGCGAUGAACCAUUCUUCGUUCUUAAUUCUGAUGUUAUUUGUGACUUUCCGUUCAAAGAGAUGGUGGAUUUCCAUAAAGCACAUGGAAAAGAAGGCACUAUAGUGGUAACCAAAGUGGAAGAGCCUUCGAAAUAUGGUGUAGUUGUCUACAGCGAUCAAGGCCGUAUUGAAAAAUUUGUGGAAAAACCAACCGAGUUUGUUUCAAACAAAAUCAACGCCGGAAUGUACAUCUUUAACCCAUCUAUUAUGAAGCGCAUUGAAUUGCGACCGAUGAGUAUAGAAAAAGAAGUAUUCCCGUGCAUGGCAAAAGACGCCGAUUUGUUCGCUUACGAGUUGCAAGGAUUCUGGAUGGAUGUUGGACAGCCGAAGGAUUUCAUCACAGGCACAACCCUUUACUUGAAGUCAGUUCGUGAAAAGAACCCUGAUAUGCUGUAUUCGGGGCCAGGUGCCGUCGGCAACUCAUUGGUAGAUCCGACUGCUGUCAUUGGUGCAAACUGCAGAAUAGGUCCAAACGUCGUUAUUGGUCCAGGAGUCGUAAUUGAAGAUGGUGUUUGUGUCAAGCGUUGCACUAUCCUACGCGAUGCUACAAUUAAAUCUCAUUCAUGGCUAGAUUCUUGCAUUGUUGGAUGGAAAUGCGUCGUCGGACGAUGGGUGCGACUGGAAAAUGUGACAGUUUUGGGCGAGGACGUCAUCGUUAAGGAUGAGAUCUACAUCAAUGGUGGUAAAGUUCUUCCGCAUAAAGCCAUAUCUGAUUCUGUCCCGGAGCCACAAAUUAUUAUGUGAACUAUUUACAAUCAUAAUUGUUUUUGUUUUUUCUUCUUUUUAUUGCAUGUUUUAACUAUGUGCCUUGUUCUUUUUGUUCUUAAAAAUUUUUACAAUGAUUUAAGCUUGUGGGAAAUAUGGUUUGGUCAUGGGAUAUAAUUUGCUGUGUAUGUAAAAACAAAUUGGUAUUCUGUAUGCUGGCAAAAUGGAAAACACAAACACAUUCCAACCUUUAAUAGGGGUGUUUAAUUCAACUAUUGAUUGCAAAAUACAUACAUGGUUAUUUAA